UUAGCGACAGGCUCGCUGCUCGUCCACGUGCCGCUGCUGCCCGUGCGCGCGCGUCACCAGCCUUCGAUGAGCUCGCGGCACGCGGACUCGGACGUGCGUCCGUUUUUGACCAGCGUCGAUACGGAUCGAUACCGGCGAAGCAAGUGAAGUUCUUCGGCAACAGCGGGCCGCGUUGCGUUGACAGGGCUCCCCUGGACAGCAAGGGACAUAAUGUGGAUGGUUCAUGUACGUCUCUGCGUGUAGGAAGACCCUCCAGAAGAUUUUGACAUGAAGAAGGACAUAGACUCAUUGAUAGCAGAGGAACGCGUUGAAAUCAUCGCCAAAUAUGACAAGGGCAGGCAGGAGGGUGUCACCAUUGACCCAUGGGAGGAUGCUAACUACAACAUCUAUAAGGUUACCGACCGCUUCGGCUUUCUGCAUGAGGAAGAGCUGCCGACUCCAAGUGCGCUGGAAGAGAAGCAUAAGCAGCAGGAGAUUGAGCGGGUGGAAAAAUGGCUAAAGAUGGUGAAGAAUUGGGACAAGUACAGGAACAGUGAAAAGUUGGUGAAGCGAGUAUAUAAAGGAAUCCCUCUGCAGCUGAGAGGCCAGGCCUGGGCCUUGCUUUUGGACAUAGAGAAAGUCAAACAAGAAAACGUGGGGAAAUACGAGAGAAUGAAGCUGCAGGCUCGUAACUUCUCCGCUGAGAUCAAGCAGAUAGACCUGGACGUCAACAGAACGUUCAGGAACCACAUCAUGUUCAUGGACCGCUUUGGAGUCAAGCAGCAGGCCCUGUUUCACGUACUAGCAGCUUACUCCGUCUACAACACGGAGGUGAGCUACUGCCAGGGGAUGAGUCAGAUUGCUGCCAUUUUGCUCAUGUACCUGAAUGAGGAAGAUGCCUUCUGGGCUCUGUCCCAGCUCCUCACCAACGGAAAGCAUGCCAUGCAUGGGUUCUUCAUCCCAGGAUUCCCCAAGCUGCAUCGUUACCAGGCCCACCACGAGCUGAUCCUCUCCAAAAUGCUGCCAAAGCUGAAGAAACACAUGGACAAGGAGCAGAUGACAACAGGGAUUUAUACCACCAAAUGGUUUUUGCAGUGCUUCAUUGACAGAACCCCAAUCACCCUUACCCUGCGUUUAUGGGACAUCUACAUCAUGGAGGGAGAGAAGAUGCUAAGUGCCAUGGCUUAUACAACGCUCAAGCUACACAAGAAGCGCCUGCAGAAGCUGCCAUUAGAGGAUCUGAGGGAGUUUCUUCAGGAGCAGAUCGCUGUUUCUUUCUUCCUGCCCGAUGAUGUGGUGGUUGAACAGUUACAAGCUGCUAUGUCUGAACUUCGCAGUAAAAAGCUUGACAAUCCUCCUCCAGCCAAGUCAGAAGAGCAGCCAAAGAAACCUCUGGGUCAAGAGAGGCCCAUUCUCCUUUUGCCUCCGCAGCCUGACUCCCCCGUGGAGGUCAAAGCAAAUCCGCAGCCCCCGGCGCAGACCCCGGCUCACCGGGUCGCCGAGGCCCAGCGAGCGGACGCCGUCGUUCCACACCAGACCCAGGAGCCCAGAACUCCGUCUCUGCCUUCACCUGACGCGCUCGUAGUCCACACACCGGGCACGCCUACUGCUUUGAGGCCCUGCAGAGCCCCCCCGUUACCUCCGAAAGCACAUCAACCCCGGGCCGAGGUCGGACUGGACGGAGGCGCGAAGGAGGGGCCUCCGUGUGCCGGCCUGAACAGAGUUGACGGAGAUCAGGCCGCCGACCCCGAGGCGGAGGAGGAGCCGAUGGAUUGGCCCCCACCUUACGAGCCCCCUGCCUUGGAAGCUCUCGCCGCACAGACGGAGGAGAUCAUGGACCUGCCCGAUCUGCCACCUCCACCUUUAUUCUACACUGAGCAGAACGAGCAAAGCCACGUGGAUGGCGGACCCCCGUCUCCGGAGACCCGCUCUCCUUCCCCUCGCUCGGCCUCCUCAGCAGUCACUCAGAUGAAGCUACCGCCAAAGCCAUGCUUCAAACCCCCCACGUCGCUUCAGCACGCCCAGAGGAAAGCUCCUCCCUCAAAGCCUUCCACUCACCCUGCCUUCGCCACCUCCUCCUCCUCUCCUCCCAGACUUCCUCCCCCUAAGCCAACCAAGUUCCCGGUCUCUCUCUACGUCCCGAUGCCCACCGGAGACCGGCGGCCCUCCAACACCUCCCAGUAUGACAACCUUUCCGAGGCCGAUGAGGACGACGCCUUUCCGGAGAGGCUGCUGCGCUCCACUCCGGAGGAAACCCCCAGCAUGCACUGCAGCGCCCCACCCGCCACUGGCCGGGAUCGGGACGCUGGCCUCCACCCUGUGCCUCCGCCUCCCCCGUUCAACCCCUCGUCGCCCUCAUCCGUUCGCCCGCCGCUGUGGGGCCUCCCCAGUCUGCCACAGGAGCCGGAAUACGAAGGGCAGGACAGCUGGGUGGAGGACUCCAUCAUCCCCCCUCCUCCAGAUAACUUUGCGGACAAACUCAUUCCCUUCCAGUCUGGUGCCGCCAGCUGUUCAGACACACACAGAAGCCCCUCGCCCGGGUUCUCAAAGCCUUUCUCCAGGGCCCCACGGGACCGCUCCGCUUUCCCAGCACCCCUGUUGUACACCAGGUCUCGCCCAGGCCACUCCAGGCCCUUGGGCCAGUCGGCGGUAGCAGUGUGCACGGUCCGAUCCAGCCCGGACUUUUGCAGGAUGCCGCCGGGGGGUCAGCCGCUGCCCAAAUCAGUGACCUUUUAAAAGUCAUCAAGUGUUUUUUGAGCAUGCCUCAUUAUGCCAAUAGUAAUGUCUGUUAAUUCUUGGUUCAUUUUAAAGCCAUGAAGUGAAAAGCCAGUAGAGAACAAGAGUGUGUGUGUGUGUGUGUGUGUGUGUGUGUGUGUGUGUGUGUGUGUGUGUGUGUGUGUGUGUGUGUGUGUGUGUGUCAGAGAAAGGACUCUUGUCAAUCACAAAUGACACACUUGCACUUUUUUUUCUUUUUUUUCUCGGUGUGAGCCAAACUGCUGUCUGUUGCGUGUCACCGUUCCCCUCACAAGAAGCGAGUGUGUUUUCUUACCUGCCCUCGUUCCACCGUUGCUCCAUUUCGUUCCAACCGAAGUGUCUUCACCGAUCGCAGUACACUGAGGCCACAUCUCCGGCACCAGGGCUUUUGAGGCUGCAGAGUACGGUUCAUCUUUGCUGAAGCACCCAAAGCCUGUUUAUAUAUUUAUACUGCUUUUUAUGGUAAACUGUGAGCAGGCUUAAACAUACUAACAGUAAAUCAAACUAUUAGGUAACCCUAAACACAACAUGUUCUACGUCUUAAGGUCAAUACUUGAUCAAACCAGUUUGUACAAACGCAGUUAGCAUGCAAGCCUCUGAAGAAUGUUGAGGUUGUAACCACCAGCCACAGGAAAUAUGUGGUGCAAUACGUCACUGGUGUAAAUACAGAAAAUAGUUAUUCACAUGAAGCCUUGUCAGUUUUUUUUGUAUUUCUGGCAGGUAGUAGUUGGUAUUUUGAUGCUUAUUUAAGAUGUCUAGUUAGGGUAAAGGAUUUCAAUCUUUUUGUCUGCCAUUUGACUUCAUGUACUGUUACAUGUAUAUAAAUACAACAAUAUGGUGUUUUGUAUAGGCUAUAUUUUAUGAAUGUGGCAUAUAUUUAGCACAGAGUCCCGAUAUUUAUAGUGAGUAGCUCCAUCUGGUGGUCAGAUGUUACAGGUCAGCAGCAACUGACUUGAGCUCUUAAAUGAGGGCCCAGUAUUUAAGGAUGCAGACGGCCCUGAUUUAUAGCGCCUGUGAGCAGGACAAAAAGAAUCCGCAUGCACUUUGUCUGAGAAUCAUGCGCAGAAUGUGGUGACAAUUUGUUUAAAUACUUAGAUCAGAAGAAAUGGAAGUUGAGCCAUACAAUACUGUACAAGGACCUAAUUGUCACGUGUUUCUGUUACGUUUUAUACUAUGUAAAACCAAGAGGU